AUGCUCUUAAUUUUGCUUGCUAUCACCAACUUCGUUCCUGUCACCGAUAACGAUCAUUUGCUCAGCUAUUUGUCCCAUGUGAGUUACCAGCGUAUAGCUUCUGGAAAUGAUCCUGUGGGAGACAAAAUUGGUCAACCCUCUUUGAAUCCGCCUGCUGAGUUUCUUCGGUAUGGUUCUAAAGCCAUGGUCAGCUCGGAUGUUCCUCUAUGCUCAACCAUGGGAAAGGAAAUCUUGCUCAAAGGCGGAAACGCCGCGGAUGCUGCCGUCACUGUUGCUCUCUGUAUCGGUUCAGUUAAUCUGCAUUCGUCUGGUAUUGGCGGUGGUGGGUUUAUUGUCACCACCAAAGAUAACCAGACCUUGAGUAUCGAUGCACGCGAAAUGGCACCUUCGUUGGCCCAUAAACAUAUGUACGACGGUAUUCCACUUUUAGCUCAGUUUGGUGGUCUUGCAGUGGCUGUUCCAGGCGAGUUGGCUGGACUUCACCUGUUGUAUGAGAAUCAUGGAUCUGGAAAAUUGACGUGGGCCCAAUUGUUCGAGCCAGUUAUAGAGCUCAACAGAAAAGGAUGGAAGGCUCCUUUGAUCUGGGUUCGAGCUGCACAGAAGAUUGAUGAGCUCUUACUCUCCCGUGUACCUCCAUUACGUGAAACCUGGGACUUUAUCUAUAAGAAAGACACCAGGAAAUUGGUGGAGGUGGGAGACAUCAUCACUAGACCCAACUAUGCCGAUACCCUUGAGAAGAUUGCUAGAAAUGGUAGUGCAAGCGUUUUUUAUGAUCCUAAUGGACCUAUUGCCCCCAAACUUGCAAGCCUGGCCCAAGGUUUGGGAGGCAUCUUGACAGCUCAAGAUUUCGCCAACUACAAGGCUAAAGUGUCAGAAGCACUUAGCUUCAACUUCUCUUUGGGCUCCGACAAUUAUGAAUUAUCAACCACUGGUGGUGUAUCGUCUGGAUUGGCUCUUAUUGCAGGUCUCAACUUCUACACAGCUUUGGCUCAGCAAAGUCCCGUGGACAAAGAUGAAGCACUCAAGACGCAUAGGCUUUUAGAGGCCAUGAAGUGGACAGCACUGGCACGCUCGCACUUGGGAGAUGUCAACGAAACUUACUGGAAUGCCAUUGUGGCUAACUACUCAUCUCCAGAUUGGUCUCGAGGCUUAUUGGAUGAUGGCAUGUACUCGGACAACACCACAUUCCCUUGGGAGCACUACGGUCCAUUGUACAAGUUGACCGAACCGCAUGGAACCUCGCAUUUCUCCGUUGUUGAUGAACAUGGCGGAGCAGUGGGCAUGACCACCACCGUCAACUUACUAUUUGGAUCUCUGGUUUACGACAAGGAUACCGGUGUGGUGUUGAACGAUGAAAUGGAUGACUUCUCGAUGCCCGACUACAGCAAUGCGUUCAAUUUAACCCCUUCGGCGCACAACUUCAUCCGUCCGUUCACACGCCCACUCUCGCUGACUACACCCACCAUCAUCAGAAAGAAUGGUCAGUUACACUUCCUUAUAGGUGCAGCUGGAGGGUCGCGGAUCGUCACUGCGGUUCUACAGGCCAUCGUUCGGACCAUCCACGACAACAUGCUGCUUCUUCACACCAUUGCAUACCCACGGCUCCAUCAUCAGCUCAUCCCACAGUUUGCCAUGGUGGAAAACAUCACUAUGUUCAACUCCGAAUUCCGUGACACUUUGGACUGUAUCCAAUGCCAGCUCGAGACAUUGAACCACACAUUUGUGGAAACCGGCGCUUUGACAGCUAUGAACGGAAUUAAGAGAGCCGCAGAUGGCGGAUGGGAGGGAGUUAGUGACUACUGGCGUAAGCGAGGAAUUGCUGACGGAUAUUGA